GCAGAGGCGCAUUGUGUGUCGGAAAUGGGAAAACCCUGAGCCGUGAGGUUGUCGCUGCUGGCUUCACUGGAGUAUAGAGAGUUACACGACGGCAGAGAGAGGGAAGAACAAGCAACCCUGGAGUUUUAACCGGAGGAGACGUUAGUUCUUGGAGUGUUUUCGCUAUGAGCUGGGGAACGGAUCUUUGGGAUCAGUUCGAGAAUCUCGACAAACACACGCAGUGGGGCAUCGACUUCCUAGAGCGCUAUGCAAAGUUCGUCAAGGAGCGUCUGGAGAUCGAGCAGGCCUAUGCAAAGCAGCUACGGAGUCUGGUUAAGAAAUAUUGCCCAAAGCGCUCCAAAGAUGAUGAGCCCAGGUUCACAUCCUGUCUGUCAUUCUACUCCAUACUGAAUGAGUUGAAUGACUACGCAGGUCAGCGAGAGGUCGUUGCCGAGGAGAUGGGGCACAAAGUGUAUGGGGAGCUGAUGAGGUACUCACAGGACCUGAAGGCAGAGAGGAAACACCAUCUCCAGGAGGGACGAAAGGCCCAACAGUAUCUAGACCAGUGCUGGAAACACAUGGACAAUAGUAAAAAGAAGUUUGAACGGGAAUGCAAAGAGGCCGAGAAAUCACAGCUCAUCUAUGAAAGGCUAGACAACGACAUCAACGCCACAAAAUCAGAGGUGGAAAAGGCAAAGUCCCAGCUGUAUCUGAGACAACACAUGGCGGAGGAGAGCAAGAACGAGUAUGCAGCCCAGUUGCAAAAUUUCAACUCUGAACAGUGGAAACAUUUCAAUGCAGCCAUCCCUCAAAUAUUCAAGAAUCUGCAAGACAUGGAUGAACGGCGGACAGUCAAGCUUGGAGAGAUGUACCGGAGCUUUGCUGAGGUGGAACGAAGAGUCAUUCCCAUUGUCUCAAAAUGCUUGGAGGGCAUGGUGACUGCCGCUAAAAAUGUGGACGAGCGUAGGGAUUCUGGGAUUGUAGUGGAGUCAUUCAAGUCUGGGUUUGAACCCCCGGGUGAUUUUCCCUUUGAGGACUUCAGUCAGAACAUCCAACGAACAGGAUCAGAUGGCACCAUUGGGACCCCCAAAACGGAAGGAGGCAAACCGGAUCCCAAACACACUGUUGGCAGGGCCAAAAACAAACUCUGGCUUUUUGGGAAGAAACCGAAGCUUCCCCCAUCCAUUCCUCCCCCUUCCCUCCUGAGUUUUCCCUCUGGCCAUUUCCAGCCUCCUAAAUUCCCUACAGAGCGGAUAGCUAACCAUCUUUCUGAAAUGAGAAAUGCAAAAUCUAAGAUCCCAUCCUUCCGAGCUGUGAAAAGAGGGGCGCCAACACUAGAGGAUCUCAGCCACCUUCCCCCUGAACAAAGACGCAAAAAACUUCAACAGAGGAUCGAUGAGCUAAAUAAAGAACUACAGAAAGAAAUGGACCAAAGAGAUGCUCUUAACAAAAUGAAGGAUGUCUAUGAGAAGAAUCCUCAGAUGGGAGAUCCUGGAAGUCUCCAGCCCAAGAUUUCAGAGACCAUAUGCAACAUGGAGAAACUCCGCUCCGAGAUCCAUAAAAAUGAGAGUUGGCUAGCAGAGGUUGAAGGAAAGCACGGAUCCCGUAGUGAACGACGGCCCAGUGCAGAUGUGAACCACCACGCACCCCACGGCAGAGAGAGCCCUGAAGGCAGUUACACAGAUGAUCACAGUCAGGAGCAUCGGUCUCCACCGCAGCCAGACCCACAUGAAUUUGAUGACGAGUUUGAUGAUGAUGAUCCUCUUCCUGCUAUCGGCCACUGCAAAGCUCUCUACUCUUUUGAUGGCUCUAACGAAGGCACGUUGGUAAUGAACGAGAACGAGGUGCUCUACGUCAUAGAGGAAGACAAAGGCGACGGCUGGACGCGGGUUCGGAAACAAGGCGGCGAGGAGGGCUACGUCCCCACGUCCUACGUGGAGAUCACACUGGAGAAAAACAGCAAAGGUGCGGUCACCUACAUAUGACAACACCCACGGCAGCAGCGCCUAGUUAUGACAUCACACACGGGGGAGCGCGUGUCAGAUUUACCGUGACUCAUCAAGUGCAGCUCGGCCGACUGCCAUCUGUCUUUGUUCACCAUGUGAGCCCAAGGACAAACACACACAGACACACUGUCUAAAGUGACGAUUUUCUCUGCACUGUGACUUUGCGGCAGCAGAAUAAUCUGUAGAAUUGUAGAGAUUUGUAUUGCUUUUAUUCCAUUUUUAAUUAGUGCUCAAUGCACUGUUUUUAAUCACUUUUGUACGGUCAGAGCAAACCUGAACAAAAUGCAUCAGCUCCUUUUGAAUCAAAAAACUGUAAGCUCUCGUGGAUUUAUGCAUGUUGAAACUAAAUACACUCUACUUGGAGCGUCUCUCCAUUGUUUCUACAGUACAAUCGCAGUGUGAGGAUACAGAAUACAUGUACCUUUGACCUUUCACUUCAUGCAGUUCUUCCUGUUAUUUUCCUCAUAGUAGCACCAAACAUCUUUCACUUCAGCUUUUCCUGCGAGUGCUACUCUUUUUAAAUUUUUGACCUGAAAUUAAAAGCAUAUAAUAAAUACAAUCCAGAGCAGCACUCACUUGAGCUGGCUCUCUAGCGCCCUCUAUCUUCUCUGUUGGUGGACCUGUCAAUGACUCUGUCCUCUUCUUUUCUCUGUGGCUACAGGUUCCUGAUUGGAUGAGUGGGGUUCUGUGGUGUUUGGUGGAUGGGACUCACUGCUGUGGGUCUGUUAGUGGGGCGGUGGGGCGAAUUGAAGACCAAGAUUGUGUUGGGGCAGGUUGCAUGUUUGCAUGCUGUUUGUGUCAUGGCCAUUAACAUCAUUCCAUUGCAGCAGACGUUCGAGGGGAUAUCAGGGUGUGCUGGGAGGGCAUGGGAGAACGGGGAAUGACGCUCUUGAGCAAUAACGGAGAACCCAAAAAGAGUCGUUGCCUGGCACUAACAUAUUCAUCAGAAUGUCUGUCUGUCUGUCUGUCUGUCUGUACAGUCAUCUCAUGUUCAUCGUAACAUGCUCCUGCAUGACCCAGCCUUUCAUUCCUCAUUCCGUUCUUGACCCUUAAUAGGAUUUAACCACUUUUUUUGUCUCUUUUCUCUAUUGACUACAUUUCGACUGCAUUCCAUGUUAACCAUGAUUACGUUUCAAAAGCAUGACCAUUCAGAGUAGAGGAAGCAUGGUGCUUCCGUAGCCCCACAACAACAUCCACCCACUGGCCCCGCCCCCUUUUGCAUAGUCUGAGGCUGGAAGGAGCCGGAUGCAGUUCUGCAUUUGACCAGCAAGGGGAGCCAACAGCAUGUAAACAAGCAGAGAAGCGCAAACGAGGACCUCUGAAGACCAACCGUCAUCUCUGCCUUAAUUACAAGCCUCUUUGUGGAAACUAAAAGCCUGUAGGGGUCCCUCAGUACCCAAAAACAGCUCUCUGCGGUGCUUUUUCCAUUUCUCGUCCAGCUGAUGUCUCACAUGCUAAAAGAACACCGAACACGGUCACUGCCUCCUAACAAGGACCACACGUCUCCAGAAUCCGAUCUCAAGUGCGUGUAUUUGUGAAUGUGAUUCUUACAUAUAAAACUGUGUAUGCAUAUGGAUGCAUAUAUGCAUAUGUAUAUACCUAGUUAGUUUUUAUUAUUAAACUAUGUAUUAACAUCUUUAUUUCAGAAUGAAUGUUUUUAUCGUGACCUUUUUUUUAACUGAGCGAGUGACCUUCAGGCUUUGCUUUUAUGAACCGUGCCGUAAUCGCUUUGUAACCAGUUCUUCUUCCUGUCUGAACUCUUCUCAAUAGGACCCUGGUCUUAACCGAUGCACUUUUUACCCCGUUGCAUUUGAAUUGGAAUUUUAGGGAGUGAGUGAUGUCGGAUGUGAAUGCUUCAUUUCGUGUGAAUGUGUUGUACAGUAAGACAACGUUGACCACUAUAUACUGGGGUUUGUGUUGGAGCAAGAGCAACCGAGAAAUAAAUACCUAUGUCUGUU